UACCCGAACUUUAUUUUUAUUAUUAUUUUUUUGGCUGCACCAUGUGACUUGCAGGAUCUUAGUUCCCCAACCCGUGCCCCCUGCAGUGGAAACACGGAGUCCUAACCACUGGGCUGCCAGAGAAUUCCCUAUAAUUAUACCCGAAUUUUAUUCAUUCUCUCCCUCCCAGUGAUUCCCACCUCAGUGAUGCAGUGAUCUUCCACAUCAGUUUGUCUUUGGUAACUCCCCUUCUUAAAUAUUGUGAUGGAGUCCCCAUUGCAUGUAUGAAAAACCCUUUGUUUGUCCUAUGAUCUGACCUCUCUCUCUCUCUCUCUCUCUCUCACACACACACACACAUUCCCCUUAUACUCUAUACUAUCAUUCCCUACUGUCAUAUAUUUGCAGUUCCUACCAGAUUUUCCUUGCCUUUGCUCAGGCCAUGCCUCUUGAUAGGAAUAUCCUUCAAACAUCAGAACAAUUUAUUUUUCAUGAUUCUGCUGACAUGUAACCUCCAAUGAGGCUUAACUUGACAUCAGGAUGUUGAAUUUGACUGCUGUCUUCUUUGUGUCUGUUCCGUACUUAAAUGUACUUCCGUCAUAGCCUUCAGUGUAUUGUUACCAUACAGCAGUCUCUUACAUUCAUCUCACUCCACCAGACUACAAAUGCCCUAGAACAGAAGCAAUGUGGCAUUGAGCUUUCAACCUCAAGCACCAUGCAGAACACCAGUGAUGUACCUGGUCUUCCGUAGAUGCUUGCUCACUAAAUGGAUGGAUGGAUGAAUGGAUGAAUAGAGAUCCAGAAGUGAGAUAUUUUCUAAUGAUCUUUUUUUUUCUCUCCCACGAAAUGUCGUACAAAGUUAGGGGCAUGCUAAGCUUCCUAUAUAACUUAACAUGGGGAAACCUGACCUCUGAAGGUGGUAAGAUCCAUCUCCUCUACACCUUUGCCAUAAUACUCUGUGCUGAGCACUCCAGUUUAAUCAGGAGUGUGCUGUUCCAGGGGUCGUUAUCAUUCAGAGACGUGGCUGUGGGCUUCACCCGUAAGGAGUGGCAGCAGCUGGAUCCUACGCAGAGGACCCUGUACCGGGAUGUGAUGCUGGAGAACUACAGCCACCUGGUCUCCGUGGGGUGUCAAGUCACCAAACCAGCUGUGAUCUCCAGGUUGGAGCAGGGGCAAGAACCGUGGAUGAAGGAGGAAGAGAUCCUCAGAUGGAGCUUUCCAGAAGUUUUGCAAGUUGAUACCCAAGUAGAGAGACAACGGGAACACCAAAACAAACUUUUGAAGCAAGUUGCACUCCUAGACAAGAAAAAAUUGACCACAGAAGGGCACAACGCAUGUAACACAGUCGAAAAACACACCUGUCAGAACACAAACGUCGUUUCUUCAGGACAACAGGUCCCUAAGUGCGAGUCGUGUGGAGCAGCCUUGCCGGGUAAUGCAGGCGUUACCCCUAACGCGUACCUUGCAAGAAGGAGAUUUGAAUAUGAUGCACAGGGGAACUUAUUUCUCUAUUCUAAGCUGGAAACUCCACAUUCUGGGGCACACCCACGUGAAUGUAACCAAUGUAGAAAUGCUUUAAGCCAUGACCAAGCCCUUAAUGCUGAUCAGAGAACCGACAGUAACGAGAAACCCCACAAAUGUACCAAAUGUGGGAAAGGCUUCUCCCAUAAAUCAGAAAUCAUCACCCAUCAGAGAGUCCACAGGGAUGAGAAGUCCUCUGGAUGCAAUGACCAGGGGGAUGGCCUGAGAGAGGAGAAGGUUUGCCUCAGCAAAAAACGUCCGGGAAACCACACAGACGAGAAACCCGGCAGAAACGGCAAAUGCGGUAAAAAGCUCUCCCCAGAAACAAGCCUCUCCAUACCCGAGGCCGUUCUGGCUGGAGAGAAGCCUUACAAGUGUUCAGACUGUGAGAAAAUCUUCUCCCACAAGUCACGUCUCAUCGAACACCACAGAUCCCACACGGGAGAGAAACCCUAUGGCUGCGAAGAAUGUGGGAAAUCUUUCUCCCGGAAGUCAUGCCUCAUUAUCCACUACCGAGUCCACACAGGAGAGAAGCCCUAUGGCUGCAGCCAGUGUGGGAAAGCCUUCUUCCAGAAGUCACACCUCAUCCUUCACCAGAGGACUCACACCGGAGAGAAACCCUACGAGUGCAGCGAAUGCGGGAAGGCUUUCUCCCAAAACUCCUGCCUCAUCAUACACAAGAGAACCCAUAUGGGCAAGAAGCCCUAUGAAUGCUCUGACUGUGGGAAAACGUUCUCCCAGAAGGCGAACCUCAUCAGACACCACAGAAUUCACACCAGGGAGAAACUGUACGGAUAAAGUGAGAGAGAAGUUUUCAUCAGGAAUUCCCAACACAUCUAGGAAUGAAAACCCUGUGGAUUUUGUGAACAUGGAAAAUCCUUCGGCAAGAAGUCCAAUGCCACUGUGGGCAGACCUUCCUACCAACUUGGAGAACUAGGAAAUGCUUAUUCUCUUAAAACUAAGGAUAGGGGUAGAAGGGUAAUGAUGCUCUAGAGGGAUCUAUUUUUAUAGGAUAAACUUAAACUUAACUAUGAAGUGUAUCUGUGUCUAAUUAACUGUGGCUAUUGAGCUCUAAGUGAAUAAUUUAAACCAUUAAUAUAACAGAUUGAAUAAGCCACAGAACAAUCCCAGGGGUGUGUGGGGACUAUGUUCCUGGAAAUGCUACAUAAACAGAAUUUUAUUUUACUUAUUUUUGAACUGCAUUUGUAGUUGAGCAUAAUUGUGAACUUGUAGACACAGAUACCAUAAUAUGUAGGAUGACAUCUAUCAAGAGUUUCCACACCAAAUUACACCCUUUUGUCUUUAAUAUACGUUAUAACUGGGAUUUACUACUCAACCGGAAGUCCAUACACCGUACCACAUACCAUUUGGUUUUUUGUUUGCUGGCAAGUAUUACAGAGCCCCCCUGGAUCUGGAAACCAGCAAUUUCAUGACAUCCCCUGAUCUCUCUCCAUCAACUAGUUUAUAAGUCAUGUUAAAUGAGUAAGGUUGGGACUCCCUUUUCUGGCAGUAUAGUGGACCACCUAAAGUGAAAAAUGUUCCACUGUAAACCACUUGAAAUUAUGGACAAUAACAGGUAACAUUCUUUUAAAUGCAUAAUUCAGCUUGCAAGAAAAUCAGUGAGGUUUCCAGGUGCUAGUUCCAGAGAGAACUGAAAAGUGUGUGAGUUGAUGCUGUAAGCUGCCCUGUAGGUUUGUUUACCCAGAAGCUUGGGUGUUAAAAGCUAUAGGCAGAAGGCUUGGCACUGAAAUACCUCAUAAAUUGAGAAAUUUCAAACGCCUGUACAUAUAGGGAAAGGAUGGACCAGAGAAAAACCUGCUCAUCUGCUCAGGAAGCUUGCCUGUCCUUCCCUGGACUCUGGUAGGGAAAGAAUUUACCCUGAUGAUUCACAAGCUGUGACCUGCACCUCUUACGAGUUAGAAUUGUGAAUUUGCCCUACUCAUGCCCCAGUUGAAAAACUGAACAAUUAACAUAGAAAUUUGUCCUGGUCUUUGAAGCAACUUUACAGAAGCAAACACAAACUAUUCUUGGAGAAAGACACCCUCAACCUGUGUUUCCCAGGGUUCUGACAUACAAACCCAAGAUGAGGUCAUAAUCCAGAAUAAUAAAAUGUGAAGAAAGUCAACAGACAUUUUAACAAAAUUAAAACCUCAAGUCUUUUAAGGUGAUAGAAAAAUCUGAAAUUCUAUAAAAAUGACUGUCUUGAAAAAUGAUAAAAAACAAAAAAUCAAAACUGCAUGAAAGCAAAGACACAAAGAAAGAUAACUGGCUUAUUUGGAAAAAGAACCACAUAGGGUGUCUAGAAAUGAAAAAUAUAGUCACUGAGAUUUAAAACUCAAUGUUAAAAUAUUCUACAUGUCAAACAGAUUAUACUCAGCUGAAGAAAAUGGGAACAGGAAGGCAGAGCCAUAAGCCAAUUCACAGAAUUCAGUAUAUAGAGAGGUGGAAAAUGUGAAAGAAUGGGGGAAGAGACAUACAAAUGAGAAGAGCAGGCACUUCCCUGGCGUCCAGUGGUUAAGACUCCAAGCUUCCACUGCAGGGGGCAUGGGUUCGAUCCCUGGUCAGGGAACUAAGGUCCUGCACGCUGCAAAGCACGGCCAAAAAU